AUGUGGAUUUUAGCAGUAUGGGUCGCCCUGACUGUGUGUCUACAUGGAGGUGUAACGGCCUGCUCAGUUAAAAGGGUGGGCAGUAACCCCAGCCGAUUUGCCAACGCAACAUUAGUGCGUCUGUCUGAAUAUUUAAGCGUCGGCUAUAAGAAGGGAGUGAGACCUGUGAAGGACUGGCGAAUCUCUACCAUGGUGUCCAUUGAUUUAAUGGUCUAUUCCAUUCUAAAUGUGGAUGAGAAGAACCAGGUUUUAACUACGUACGUCUGGUACAGACAGCAAUGGAUCGAUGAAUUUAUUGUGUGGAACCCAGAAGACUUUGAUGGUGUCACCCAGAUCUCAAUGCCAACCGCAAAUGUCUGGGUACCUGACAUUCUAAUCAAUGAGUUUGUAGAUGUGGGAAAGUCUCCAGACAUACCGUACGUGUACGUGAACUACAACGGCACUGUGCAAAACUACAAGCCCAUCCAGGUGGUGACCGCCUGCUCGCUCAACAUUUACAACUUUCCCUUCGACGUCCAGAACUGCAGCCUCACGUUCCAGAGCUGGCUUCACACGAUUAAUGACAUCAACAUCAAGCUAAUGCGCAGCCCGGAGGAAGUGAGGGUGGACAAGUCGGUGUUCAUGAAUCAGGGAGAAUGGGAGCUGCUGCAGGUCUUGUCCAAAUACAAGUCCUUCAGCGUGGACGAGAAAGACUACUACGCUGAGAUGAAGUUCAACGUGGUGAUUCGGCGCAGACCGUUGUUCUACACUGUCAAUCUACUGCUGCCCAGCAUAUUCCUGAUGGUGAUGGACAUAGUGGGUUUUUACCUGCCUCCUGACAGUGGGGAACGAGUAUCCUUCAAGAUCACUCUGCUUUUGGGCUACUCUGUCUUCCUCAUCAUAGUCUCUGACACGCUGCCAGCUACAGCCAUUGGCACACCUCUUAUUGGUGUGUACUUUGUGGUGUGUAUGGCCCUGCUGGUGAUCAGCCUUACAGAGACGGUGCUGAUCGUGAGAUUGGUGCAUAAACAGGACCUGCAGACACACGUGCCACAGUGGGUGAAGUAUCUGGUGCUGGAAAAGGCCACCAAGCUGCUUUGCAUCCGCAACAAGAAAUUCUGCUCCCUGUUAUCACAUGAUGCUGACCUGCCACGCUACACAGAGAACAACAUGAACACAGCAGUACGCUGUAAUCAUCACCACUGUGAGAGUUCCAGAGAGUUGGAGAGAGCACUGGGUAUGGGAAUGGGGCUGACCAUGCGGGACAGCACUCCUCCGGUCAUGGACAACAUCCUUCACGAGGUCUCCUCUAUCCGACAGUACUUGGAGAAAAGGCAGGCGUGCCGGGACAUCGCUAAAGAGUGGUUGCAGGUGGGCUACGUGCUGGACGUGCUGCUGUUCAGGGUCUACCUGCUAGCCAUGCUGGCGUACACCAUCACUCUGGGCACGCUCUGGUCCGUCUGGCAGUACGCCUGA